AUGGUAGCGCAGUCUCGGGCAUCGAACGCUAGCUGGGACCCGAUUCUCCUUAUAUCUCAGGCAUGUUCUAUUCUGUCUAUCGUUUCAAUGCAAACUCUCCAUUAUAUAACUCUCUCCGUCCUCAUCCCCCCAUUAUUAUCCAUUUUUGCGGAGCCCAGCGCACUCGUCUUCGAAGGAGGGGCAACUAAUGUUGGGAUGAUCAUGGAUUGGCGAGAAAUGGCUGGCCGUCCAACAGUGCGUGGAAUGCACGGCGAAGAUAGGUGGAACGCUUACUAUGGCGCCUGGAGUGGUGGUAAACAACUCGGUUCCGGGUGGGAGGAAGGCAGAUGGGAUGGCUGGACCGACCCUAUGCGAGGCUGGGUAAUAGCAUUCUCAUGGAUGAUCGCAUCCUUUGCAGACAUAUACUACUUAUGUAUUCUCAUUCGACGGCCGCGCCUCAUCUUGGAUUUUGCGCUAACCCUCGCCUUCAGCCACCUCGUGCUCACGACUUAUUACUCAGCUUCGAUACCCACCUCUCUGUUCUUCUGGCUCGUUAUUUUCGCAUGGUCAGCAACGACAGUAAUAAUUGCAGAGCAACUCUGUGUAAAGAGAGAGAUGACCGAAGGACUGGUCAUUUCUCCUCCGAGGGAUGACGUGGACGACAUGGAGAUGGGAGAAUUGCUACGUAGAGAUUAA